AGCAAUUGAAAAUUGGAAGGUGUUAGGUGGGAAAGGAAGAGGCAUCCUUCUCCCCUCCUUUACCCUCUUCGCCAAGCCACUUCUUCUUCUUAGAAAAAAAGUAGCAGCGGUGAAAUCCACGCGUCCAAUUAGCACCGAUCCCAGAUCACCCACCCAAGCUAAGCUGCCUAUCUAUCUUCCCUUUUGAAACGUCUCAGAAGCUUCCCUCGAGAAAAUAAAGACCAAGAAAAGCGUGUGGUUUGUCUCUGUUCGCUCCUCACUUUCUCUCUCCUCUCUUACGUUUGAAAGACGACUAAACAAAAAUGGGCUUUGUGGGUUCCUCUUUCUUUUCUUUCAUUGGCGUCUCUCAAGAUUUCUAGAACCCACAUCAUUUUCUGUGACCUUAAUUCUUUUCCUUUAUAAAGACAGUAGCUUUCCCCGAACAAACGAGAAAAAGAAUCCUCCCCAGUGUUUCCACGGGAAGUUAUGGUAGUGCUUCCAACUCAACCACGAGACCUGGUUUUCUUGCUGACCAAUGGAAGCUGAUCAUCGCAGAAGCAAGCCUUGUGUUCACUCUCGCUUCUUUCUUUCUGGGUUCUACUGCUGGGGCUGGGAGUUCUUGACCGCUCUCCUGCUUUUUAGUUGCUGAAGAAACAAUUUACAAUCCCCCCCCCCCCCAGAAAAAAAUACACCAUCCCUUUUAGUACCUUAAUUUUCUAGAUUUUUCUUUCUUCUUUUUGUGAAUAAGGGGAGGGGCUGAGGAACGUCAUUUGGGUGGUUGGUGAGGGGUAAAUCGGGUAGAAAUGGCGCAAAGGUCUGUUCCGGCGCCGUUUUUGACAAAGACGUUUCAGUUGGUGGAUGAUCCGAGCACGGACGACGUGAUAUCGUGGAGUGAAAGUGGCUCCACUUUUGUGGUGUGGAAGACUGCCGACUUCGCCAGGGACUUGCUCCCUAACUAUUUCAAGCACAACAAUUUCUCAAGCUUCGUCCGGCAGCUUAACACCUAUGGUUUUCGGAAGAUCGUGCCGGACAAAUGGGAGUUCGCGAACGAGAACUUCCGGCGAGAGCAGAAGGAGCUACUCUCCCAGAUCCGUCGCCGGAAAACGGUCACAUCGGCGCCCGAAAAUGUUUCCCCCGGCGGAAAAUCCGCCGGUGGUGGUCCCUCGUCGGCGUCUAACUCCGGCGAUGACAUGGGGUCCACCUCCACCUCGUCCCCGGAUUCGAAGAACCCGGGGUCGGUGGAGACGACAACGACGGCCACUGCCACGGUACUGGCGGCCGACUUAUCGGACGAGAACGAGAAACUGAAGAGGGACAACGAGAAGCUGAGCUCGGAGCUGGCUCGGACGAAGCGGCAGUGCGACGAGCUGAUCGCGUUUCUCACCGGGUAUCUGAAGGUGGGGCCCGAUCAGAUCAAUAGCAUGAUGCGGCAAGGAAGCUGUGGGGCCAGUGGGGUUGGAUCCCACGGCGACGAUGAUGAUGACGAAAAGAACGGGGUUGAAGAAAACGGGGAGAGUUUGAAACUCUUCGGUGUUUGGUUGAAAGGUAAUAGGAAGAGGGCGCGUGAUGAGAAAAUUGGGUUCGGUGGGGCCUAGGGUAAGGAAAUGAAGGUUUGCAAUUGACGAACCAGCGCACGCCACGUUAGAAACAAAAUAGACAAAUGAGGUGCAUAGGAUAAGGUCCGGUGCACCCUCUUCUUUUUAAGUACAGCGACCGUAAGGUUUAUUAAUUUUCUUAUUAUGUGCAAAAGUAUAAUAAGGAUGGUCAUGGGUGGUUUUAAAAAUCUCUCUUUGUAUAAUGUAGGUGUCAUAGAGUAGUUGUCGUGAAAGGUGGAGGUCAAAGGCAAAUGGGUCUCCACCAUCCCUCACCGUUGACAGUCACAAUACAUACCAUGUGUACAAUGUGCACCUUGAGGUUAAUCAAGAAUUGGAUGUAAUAUAAUCGUGUUACUGUAGCUUUAUGAGCAUAAAUUGUAAUAACUUCAGCAUUUUCUCGUAUGAUUAUGUCUAAUUUUUGUUUUAUUUUGUA